AUGGCUGAGUUUCCUGACUCGCGAAUUCCAGGGACCCGUUUGUUAAAGAAUGCUGGGCCUCCGCCAGUUUCUGCAACCCGGCCACAGUAUGGUUUCGGCCGCACUGACAGCUCUGGGUCUGCGCCCAUCCUGGGUGGGUCUGUGCCAUGGUCUGGCGGGGAGGAACUACGGUCGAGUUUCAGAUCCCAGCUGACAGCUUCAACUGCCCCUGGCACGGCCAACACCGAACGAAGUAGUGUCCUUACUAAAAACAGCUCUGCUACCUCCUUCGGUGACAACGCGGAUGCUUUCGUUGAUCCUGACGAACCGAGCCUGGAAGAUGUUAUGGGCAUGUACGAACAAGGGUUUGAGGACGAUAUUUACGAACACAGUGAACCAGGUGACGAUCAAGAAGAAGAAUUUCCUCCUCGGCCGUCUUCCUCAUUCCCUCAACCCGAACCUGACCUUGGCGAUAGCAGAGUCCUGGAUGACCCUCCUGAUUCACCCAUGCUGGCCAAAACGAGGCUCGACGCUGAGAUUCGACAAUCGAAGAUGUUCUUCAGCAGCCCGGCUUUCAUGGCCUCGGUUCCUCAUCUGGCCUCGAACAUGAACUCCUCAAAUCGCUUCAACGAGACGAACCGUGAUUCCGGCAAGUCUCUGGACACUGACCCUUCAGAUUCCUCGCAACCUACCGUCACUAGCGACGACCCAACUGAUAGGGGCUUGGGCAUCUCAAACAACUUUGCCUCCAGGGACACAUCACCCUCUCCAGCACCGACAAGCGUAUACGACAGCCGGCCGAGCAGUCCUGACCCGCCCCCUCGAGAUCCUAGCUACCCCGAGAGUUGUCUGCCACCUGAUGUUCCCGGACCUGCCGAACCAGAGGACCCCAACUCUCGUGAUCGAUACGGCUUCAAGAAAGAAAACCAAUACGUCACGAUGAAGCAGUACGAUAGUUGGAACUCUGGCUAUACGGAGUAUCUUGCGCGAAGGAAGAAGAAAUGGCAGUCAUAUCUCAAGGAGCAUUCCCUCAUGACUGAAAAUCCCAACCGCUUUCCUCCAACGAACGCUAAAACUAAGAAGUUCGUUCGAAAAGGCAUCCCCCCCGAGUGGAGAGGAGCUGCGUGGUUCUACUACGCAGGUGGCCCGGCUAUUCUUGCUAAGCACUCGGGCUUAUACGGGAAGAUGCUCGACAUGAAGGCUAAACGCGUGGAUGUCGAAGCGAUUGAACGAGAUCUGCAUCGCACCUUCCCCGACAACAUCAAUUUCAAGCCUCCCCAGGCCCCGGAUGGUGACAACACUGGAAAGCCAUCGAAAACUAAGGAACAGCCCAUCAUAGCCUCUCUACGUCGUGUUCUCUUCGCCUUUUCCAUCUACAACCCUCACAUCGGCUACUGCCAAAGCUUGAACUUCAUCGCUGGUCUUCUCCUGCUCUUUGUUGAGACAGAGGAACAGUGCUUCUGGCUGCUCAACGUCAUCACUCACAUUUAUCUUCCUGGCACACAUGAAAUCAGCUUGGAGGGUUCCAAGGUUGACCUCGGCGUGUUAAUGACAGAGAUCCGUGAUACAAUGCCCGCUGUAUGGGAUAAGAUAGGAGGUGAUCUGGAAGCCGAACCGCAAACUCGACCGUCGACUGGCCGCUCCUUCCGUAAACCUAGGACAAGGUUCAGGAGGAAGCAGACGGAUACUCUUUCGACAGAAAGAUUGCCGCCUAUUACCCUCUGCAUGACUGCGUGGUUUAUGAGUUGCUUCAUCGGAACCCUCCCUAUUGAGACUACAUUGCGGGUUUGGGAUAUCUUCUUUUAUGAAGGUUCUAAGACGCUAUUUCGAACUGCCCUCGCCAUUUUCAAAACAGGAGAAUCAGAGAUUAUGGCUGUUGCAGAUCCAAUGGAGAUGUUUGGAGUUGUGCAGGCCAUGCCUCGACGCAUGCUCGACGCAAAUGGCCUCAUCGACGCUUGUUUCAAACGUCGCAAUGGGUUCAGCCACCUCAGCCAGGUUGCCAUUGAUGAGCGGCGCCAGGAGCGGCGCGAUCAGGCACAGCUGGAUAAGGACAAGCAGGGCGGCCGCAGUCAAACACUUCCACCGGGUGGAAAUGCGAUGGAUGCGGAGUCCGAAGUUCGGCGCAAGGGCACGCUCUUCGGCAGGAAAAAGAGAGAUGUUUCAGGUACAAGGCCUGGCAGGGUGUAG